ACUCUGGAAUCCUACCGUCAGACUCACCACGCAUGUCCACGUGUGAGCAUUCAUGCACAAGCAAAAGCGUUAUGUCAUCUUCACAAUGUCUGUUACAGUCGGUAUCUAGCGGCACAGUUUCGGGUUGCCUAUGAUGUGUACCUCAAAAUAUUACGAUGUGUGUCGCUGAGCGUGUUGCAAGCUCUUGGACAUACAGGUCCAAAUUGGCGCGCAUGUAACUCUUGUCCUGCUUGUCAUUACAAGGUCGAAGGUGAACCAGAACUUCGGUUUCCAUUUGAGGUUGCACUCAAUGGCAACAACUCAGCAAAAUUCGUGGACCCUGCCCUACGUGGGGGAAGAGAGCGUUCUGACCCCCAAAAUGGCCAGUCUGAUAUCUGGCUUGAUGAAGAAUAUGUUGACCAAUUCAAAGAUGAGGUUCAGAAUGCUUGCUGGCGCUACCAUCCUACUCCUGCUCAAACUGUGGAUCCAGAUGAUCCAUGGGUUGAUUGUGAAGCCGAAGAACAAGAUUCAAAUGAGCCAAUCAACGUAUGUGUCGAUCAUUGGCGCAAUGCGGCCCCCAAGGCUCGUAAACAAAUGUUUGCAGUCUUUCACAAGUCGGGCAUUUUUGUAGCUGUAUGCCAUCACGGCUUUCUUCUUUCAAUAUGCGAUAUGGUUCGCAGUGGUGAGCUAAUGAAAUAUCCACUGGCAACCAUCAGCAAAUUGAUGGAAGUCUUUGCUGAACCCUUCCUUUAUGGCUAUGACAUUAAGUGUGCAUUCCAUUCCAUUCUACAUCGCUCAUCGCUUGGAUCUGCAGUGCAGGCUCUCGGUAUUGAAGGAGUGGUACCAGGAUUUCACGGUCAUGCGCAAAAUAGACUCUGUCAAGUACGGCACCACUCGAAGUUCAUGGCCGGCGCUGGGAAGGAAGAUUUUGAAACUUGUGAACAGACAUUUUCGGAGUCUAAUGCACUCGCUCCUGAAAUUAGGAACGCAACCAAAUUCCACAGGCAUCAAGCACUUGAUGAACAUUUUAAAUUCGCUGAUGAGGACAAAUAUGCUACUCUCAGUUGGUCUACGCUCCCAUACUAG